GGAAAAAGAUUGUAUCAAGUGUGAUCUUUCUAUGCUAUGAAUUGAAAAUUGACACUUGUCAAUGGGUUCAUUCAAAACUUGUAAUACUAGACAAUUCCAAAAUAAGAGGUGAUUACUCCAAAGGCCCUUCUUUCAUAUUCUUUACAGUCUUCACUUUUCUUAUCCAGAAGAUACCAUUCUCUCCGAAGGUGAAGCUGUCACGUCGCGUCAACAACAAUUGAUCCGGUUUCGGAAGAUCCCCUUCCAUAACAAUCUCGACUCAGCUUCUUUCAAGAAAACAACUUUGAGAAACAACAACUUUUCCCCAUCCAUUGAUCAAUAAGAUAGAUCGAUAGCAAUCAACAUGGACGAAUUCAAAGUACCAAUGGGAAAACAAAAGACAACAAUUCCAAACAAGGUGGAACAACAGUCUAUUCAAACUCAUGGUGAUUAUUAUAAUCCUCAUGCUGUUGCUGAAUGGGAGGAAUUUUUAAAGUCGGCUCACUAUGGCGCAGUCCUUCCUGCAGGAUAUCUCGAAGUCGAUAAACUCCAAGAUGACCCAACAUUCUGCAUCCAAACUUCCGUUCAUCCCUUGGAGUUGGAAGCUCGAUGCGCAACUCUAAUUGCACAAUUUAAUUCGUUCAAAGGCAUUUCCCCGCAAAAUCGACUUCGUGUCUCCGAUCUUGCUUACUACAAUCUCGCACAUGACACUGCCGAGACCGAAGUUUGGCGUGGAAUCCUCAACUUCCGUCAACCCAAUACGACAUACCUCAGUGCUAUUUCUCCAUUGCAAAACUGCGGGGAUAGCUCCAUGCAAGACCAGCUUGCUGACGCAAACUGGCACCCGGUCUUUGGCCCCAAUUUCUUCCGCCCUGCUCCUCGCGACCCAAGCCUCACGAGUUGGGGAUCGGAAGGUGAUCUUGCUGCUUUUCGCUGCGAGGGCACUUCUGCUAGACUCACGCGCGCACCUACUUUUGGUAGUAGUACUGCUUCGGAUCGCGAAUGGGUUCACAAUGUUGUUAACGGCUACAUGAAUGUCUCAGAUGAGUGGCUUGUAUAUGAUGGGGCCUCGUCAACUUCUGUCGCUCGCUCUAAGAGUGUGAUCAGCAACUGCUCUGCCUUAAUUAAUCAUGAUCAUGAGUGCACUGCUCCAUCUAACCUCUUGCCUGCUUCGCCUGUCAUUAACCUUGGUCCUGCGUCAGCUGCGACAGGUAUUGAGUAUACUGGACCGAACCCAUCAGCAGCUCUCGAACAACGUCUAGAUGAUCAUGUGGAUGCACCUGUCGCCAGAGACGAGAGUGAUUUGGAGAGAGCCAGUCUUCGCAGAGCUGAGCGUCACUACCUAAUCAUUUUCGUACUUGUUGUUUUCAUCUUCGUCGGUGGAUCGAUUGCUGCUAUUAUUGGAGCAUUUGUGUUCGCUGCUAGAAGACAUAUUCUUUAAAUCUUGUUUCCAGAUGUAAUAUAAAUGACAACAAUGGGACGGUAUUGUGUAAUGGUUUAGAUUCUGGUCGGGAAUUCUGAGGUAUUUAGCUGAUAAUUAACGGGUGACUACUUUUUCUUGUUUCAUUGGGGUGUAAUUACGGAAUGGGCCAAGCUGGUUAAUCGGGACGAUUCUUAUAGUGAAUGUCUCUCGGCUAUUAUAUGGAAAAUUAAUAAUUCAAUGCUUUCCUGUCA